GACCGGAGGUUGUCAUGUCGUAUGGAAGUGGUCGAGCUCUUACUACGGCGCAGGCGCAGCGUGUAGGAGCUGUGCGUCCCCCCUGUCAACGCAAGAGCUUCGGCGCAUGCGUGGUAGGUUCUCCGGGCCGGGUGUGUCGGGCCCCGCAGUAUUUGGGUCCUGGUUUCCGGUCGCUAUGUCGGACUCCACGGUAGCGGAUACCCGGCGGCUAAACUCUAAACCCCAGGAUUUGACAGACGCUUACGGCCCUCCCAGCAACUUCCUAGAGAUCGAUAUAUUUAAUCCACAGACUGUGGGAGUUGGGCGGAACAGAUACACAGUGUACGAACUCCGCAUGAGGACAAAUCUGCCUAUCUUUAAACUGAAAGAUUCCUGUGUUAGAAGAAGGUAUAGUGACUUUGAAUGGCUGAAAAAUGAACUGGAAAGAGACAGCAAGUCGGUUAAUGCUUUUCUUUUUCAGAUUGUAGUACCACCACUUCCAGGGAAAGCUCUAAAGAGACAGCUGCCGUUCAGAGGGGAUGAAGGGAUAUUUGAAGAGUCAUUCAUUGAAGAAAGAAAGCAGGGCCUGGAACAGUUUAUUAACAAGAUUGCUGGCCAUCCCCUUGCCCAGAAUGAGCGGUGUCUCCAUAUGUUCUUGCAAGAUGAAAUAAUUGAUAGGAAUUAUGUGCCAGGCAAAGUGCGCCAAUAGGAGACAAAGGCAAAUCCCUUCACACCUUUUUAUUACCCCUCACAUCCUGAUCACCUGCUAAAUUACAUAUAUUUUUACACUACUUCCACUUUAACUCCCUUCUCUGCCAUGUUUCCCUGUUGCCUUUAAAAGGUCACUCUGUUUCUGUUCCUGCUGCUCUCUACUAAAUGAUGCCUGAGGGUGCUGACAGAAACAUUAGACAAGCUUGGCAACCUCUUGUUCCCUGGUUAUCUCUGGAAAAGGAGAUUCAGCACCAGAACCUCCAUUUACGUGUCUUGGCUCUGCAGCAAGAGUGGUGUUGAUAUUAAAAUGUUAACCCCUCUUAAGACCACAGUGACCUUGCUGUGGAAGGCUAUGGAUAUUAUUUAAAGGGGAACGUAGGUCCCUCUCCAUGUUUCUUGACCUUAGCGACAAAUAUGUUGAUUUGUUAUGGUCUGAGGCUAAUUAAUUAUGCACUUUCCACCCCUCAUUAUAUAAUUACAUGUGUUUAUAUAACAUUCAAAAAAAAUGUUCAUUUAUGGUGUACAAGCAGUUCUAAAAAGAGGCAAGUUUUAAAUCAUGUCUGCUUUAAUAUGCAAGUGACCAAACCAUUAUUGGUCAGAAUAUGAUUUAGCAACUCAGACCUAUGCUUGCUGCAGAAAUUCUGAGAUUAAAGAAGCAUUGAAGCUUUGAAUACCUUGUUGCUAAGAAGAGCAGGCACAACAGAGAUGACAUAAGGAUUCCAGAGCCAGGUGGUGAAUUCUGUGUAGCUCUCUCAUCCCAUACUUUCAAAGAAAAUAUCUUUUUAAUUAUGGAGCUAAAAGGAAUAAAUUUUUUUCCAGGCAAAAAUUCUACAUCCACUUCAGAGAUUUGCUUAAAUUGCCUGUGAUCAAUGUGGGGAAGACAUUUCCAUGGCUAGAUUUAUGGAGUUGGUCCCUAGGAUUUGCAGGGAGGGUAACAUCUAAUGAAGAUUCACUACUCUUCUUGUUCAGCUGCAUAUGUGGGGUGGAGGUUGUCUUCAGGGUCAUGACUGGAUGGAGAGUGGGGAGCAUUGUCCACAGCAGGAAAUUAUCAGCUGCAGAUUCAAAGGACAGUCACAGUCAUCACUGGUCAGCUCUUGAUAGGGCAUCUCAUAUCUGUCACUAGAGGAGUUUGUGUGAACACCGGUGUAAGCCAAUCAGUUGCAUCAGUGUCAAGCCUGGGGUUCUGGGCAUCUUUGCUGCCUGCAUCCUUGUGUUGGAGAACAUUUCUGUGUAUAUAAAUAUCUAUAUCUCAAAAACAAA